AUGGGUUUCUUUGAUUUGCAUGAACCAGAAGAUGGACAAGAUCGAUUCUUUUUAUAUGCAAUGAUUAUUCUUCCAUUUUGUUCUUCAGGUUCUUAUUUAUUUGAUUCAUGGUAUCAUUAUCAACAUCAUUCAAAAGGACCUAGUUAUGAAGGACUUUUAUCAACAAUAAUGAUUGUUUUUUCUUAUUUACAAUAUUGUACACCAAUACGUUCACGAAAAGCUUUAGCUAUUUAUUAUAUAUUAUUAUGUAUCAUAAAAGAAUUAGCAACAAUCGGCUAUUUAUUAUAUUAUAUACAUGAAAAAGAAAUAUUUAAAAUAAUAUUUUAUAGUUGUUUUUUAAUUCUGGAUUUAUUAUUUACAAGUGGUUUAAUUUAUUGUCGUGUUAUGAAUGAAUAUGAAUCUCGUAUUGUUGUUGAAAACAAACAUUUAUUUCAUUUUAUGUCACGUUUAGAAGUUAUCUUAACAAUAUAUAUACCGGUUUUUAUGAAGGUUCAAUAUACAUCAUUAACACGUCAUAUGAUUGCAUAUUUUCUUUUAUUUGAUUUUUUUUCUGAUUCAUAUUCAAGAUUUCAAGGAAUAUGGAUUAAAUCAGCAUUGUAUUUAUUUGCAACAACAACAACAAUAUCUGUUGCAACUGAAUGGUUCUAUUUUAAUCAUAAAAUAGCAUUAUAUGAAGAAAUUUCAUAUUUAUCAGAACUUUUUGCAACUAUAUUAUCUGAUCUUGUCUGUCGUGUUCGUUAUACAAAUGUUCUACCUGAUCUUCCAUUUGACCCAAAAUUUCUUCGAUAUCCUUUCAGUCAAGACAGAUUUGUUCGUUAUAAACCAACAUCUUUAGAAAAAAACUAUCGUUGGGAUUUACUUACAGAACAUGAUGUUGGUGUUGAAAUUGAUCUUAUUAAUCCAGAUGCAUAUGCUACGACAAGAAAGAUUACAGAGGAAGAUGAAAGAUUAUUAGAAGAAGAAACAGCUAGUCCAGCUAAUCUGAAGCGAUCAUUAUUGAAUCAACGAAGUGUACCAUGGCUUCGUAAAACAGAAUAUAUUUCAACAGAACAAAGUUCAAUAAAAUCAUCUUUGAAACUGGGUGAAGUCAGAUCAAGUUCUGUUAAAGAAAAACUUCGUGAAGAUUCUCUUAAAUAUUUAACAAAAGAGCGUCUAUUAGAAAUUAUUGAAGAAGGAUUUGAAACUGCUAAAGCUCCUCUUGAAAAACAUUAUAGCAAACCAACAGUAGUUAAAGUUGAAGAAUGGCCAUUAUUUCCUGAUUUUGAUAAUUGGAAAUAUCCAUUUGCACAAGUUAUAUUUGAUGAUGAUCCAUCACGUAAAGAUUCUUCAGUACCAGCUCAAGAACAAAUGGACGAAAUGUCUGAAGCAGUUAUCAAAGCCUUAAUUGAUUCUGAUAAUAAAGAAUAUAUUGGUUAUUUUCUACCAACGGCUGAAACACGAGUAAAACGUGCAAGAGAAGAACCAGAUGAUCCAGAUGAAUCAUAUGAUUAUAAAUUAAUACGAGAAUAUAAUUGGAAUCGAAAAGAUAAAACAAUGAGUGGUUUUGAAGAAAAUUAUUUUUUAAGUGUUAAAGAUGAUUCUAUUGUUUAUAAUGAACUUGAAACAAGUAAACGACGAGCUGCUGGUGGUGGUGCAAAACCAGCUAGUAUUCGACUUAUUCAACGUUAUCGACCAUUUCUUGAAUCGGAAGAAAAAAUUCAGAGAAAACGAUUGAAAGCUCUGGAUAAUGAAGACGAAUUAGAGACUGUUAAUGAAGAAGAAAAUGAUGAUGAAAUAAUAGCUGAACAUGACGAAGAAGAGGACCAAGAAGAAGAAGAAGAAGAACAACAUGAUGAACAACAACAUCAAGAUGAAGAAAAUGGAGAACACGAAGAAGAAGAAGAAGAUGAUGAAGAACAAUCUAAUGAUUAA